AUGACACUUAUCCUCACACCAAGAGGUCGACUCGCGGCGGCAGCAUCAGCAGCCUCGACAGCAACAAUACGAAAUGCAGUUACGUCAUCGCUCACUUCGAUAACGCGGACUGGUCAUCACCAUGGCAGUUUCCGUCCUUUCUCCCACACCUCCGCCUCUCACGCCGACUUCACCCACGCCGUGAUAGGCGGCGGGGUAGUCGGCCUCGCCAUCGCGCAACAACUAGCCCGACGCUCUUCCUCCCCCUCCACCCUCCUCCUGGAGCGGCACCCAGCCGUCGGCACCGAGACAUCCUCGCGCAACAGCGAAGUGAUCCACGCCGGCAUUUACUACGGCGCCGGCAGUCUCAAGACGGAGCUCUGCAUCCGGGGCAAGAACUUGCUGUACGAGUUCUGCGAGAAGCACUCGGUCCCCCACAAGCGCGUCGGCAAAUGGAUCGUCGCGCAGAACCAGGCCCAGCGCGAGGCGCUGCAGCGCAUACACGACUUCUGCGUCCAUGAAAUCAACGUGCCCGUGCGCUGGGUGUCGCGCGAGGAAGCGCAGCGUCGCGAGCCGGCGGUGCGGGCUGAGGCUGGGAUCCUGGAGUCUCCGACGACGGGUAUUGUUGAUUCUCACUCGCUGAUGGCCUGUCUCCAGGGCCGGUUCGAGGAAGCAGGCGGGACGGUGGCGCUCGCCAGCGCCGUUACGGCCAUUCGGCCCGUUGGCGGCAGUGCCAAUGCCAACGGAAAGGAAGGCUGGGAGCUCACAGUCCGCCACACCACCACCGGCGAGACCUCCACCAUCACCACCUCAACAAUCAUCAACUCUGCCGGCCUCGGCGCCGUCGACAUCCACAACAUGAUCGUGCCCCCCUCGCAACACAAACAAAUGUUCUACGCAAAAGGGAAUUACUUUUCCUACCCCUCCUCCUCCCCCAAAGUCUCAACCCUCAUCUACCCCGCCCCCGAACCCGGCGCGGGCGGGUUGGGCACGCACCUGACCCUCGACCUGGCGGGCAGGAUCAAGUUCGGCCCGGACGUGGAGUGGGUUGAUUCCCCCAAAGACUUGGCUGUCAACUCGGCUAGGCUGCCGGAGGCGAUCGAAGCAGUAAAAAAGUACCUGCCGGACUUGGACGAGACGCAACUGCAGCCGGAUUACGCGGGGAUAAGGCCGAAGCUGGGGAAGGCGGGGGCGGUGGCGCAGGGGAAGGGGUUUGUGGACUUUGUGAUUAGGAAGGAGGAGGGGUAUGAGGGAUGGGUGAACUUGUUGAACAUCGAGAGUCCGGGGUUGACGAGCUCGUUGGCUAUUGCGGAGAAGGUGGAGGGGUUGUUGUAUGGGUGA